GCCGACUUCAUAGGAGACAUCAUUCGAAAACCCGACACGCCCGAACUGAAGAUGGUACUUGGCACAUCUACUGCGACUCCUCACCGGAACUCAUAAAAGAAGCAGAUCUUGCAAGUUUGACGUGUGGCCAAUAAACAUGAUAGACCGUACAACGCCCUGGAAAGCUCAGCGACAAGGAGAAUAGUUCCGGGCUACGAACGUUACGUGCUGCGGUGCAUGACCCUUGAUUUUCCCGAUGGCGCUUUGGUAACCGUCGAUCCAUCUGUCCAUUCUGCUGUCCGUCUCGGCCAUCGAGGAAGUCCUUCAUUAUAUUAUCGUCGAACAAAGCAUGUACAAAUGGAACCCCAUUCGCGAGGCUAAUGAGCGAGAUGCGUAUUCGAAAUUGGUGCAUGUUACAGCAGGACUGUACUUUUGGGAGUUUUUCACUUCUCUUGACUUCGAUUGGACUUUUCUCACUGGCAAGCGACGCCUGAAAUGGCCCACGGUUGUUUAUUUUCUCAAUCGCUACUGUUUUCUUGCAGCUCUGAUAUCUUUGAUGUACGCUCAAGACAUUACGACUACUGUCCAAAUUGAUUGUCGCGUAGUAUAUGAUAUCGUUCAGGUCACUGGUAAUAUGUCUGUUGGUUUGUCUAGCAUGACUUUUGCUCUGCGCACUGCCGCCAUCUAUGGGCUCUUAUUUUGCAAGUUGGCCAACUCCGGUUCAACUGGGUAUCGGGAGAAGGUUGCCUCAAUUUACAAACUGGAGACAAAGCUAAUUUCGCGCAUGGCUCAGAAAUCGCAGACUGUGACAAUGCUGUUCAGAGAUGGUCUUAUAUAUUACAUAGUCGCCCUGCUGGGAAAUGUUCUCGUUGCUGUGUUUGAACUUCUCGAUAUUGAUCCUAUCUUCGACGUUAUGUUCAACAUGCCAUCCAUUGCAAUCAUGACUAUCGCCGCUACAAGGGCUGUCCGUAACCUCCAAGAUGGACUCAUGUCCAACGGGAUGACCGUGACUUCGGGAGUCGAGUUAACAACCGAACUCGAGGUCGUCGAAUUGGGCAACCCCAAUACUGGCCAAUGAAAUGGCCGAUUUGACCUGUGCCCGUCACAUAAUGAAUGUACAAAGCUGGUCUGACCGACAAUCGACCCCUUUGUACCGAGGGCUGACUGCAUAUGCUCUGAAUCGUACUACAAAGAUGCUUUGUUCGUGGGGCUGGACUUCGGUGCAAAGCAUGCUUUCCCGCAAGGCAAUACAUUUCCUGACCGUGA